CUGAGUCAUCUGUGUCAUAUUAUUAUGCCUACGCCUUGAAUGUUGCGAACUUCGUUGACAGGCGUCUCGGGUUUUUCAUUUCUUUGUACACAACUUUUAUUUUAAAUUAUUUUUUUAUAGCUGUUUUGUAAAGAAAAUCAUGUUGCUACGGUGCCUUUUACUUGCUGUUGGUAUCCCCACCGUUAUAUAUGCUGAACGUCUAGGGAAGUUCAUCAAGCAUUAUGACACGCUAAAUUACGAUUCCAACACGCUCCAUUUGAAGCAUGAGAGAGCCAGAAGAUCAACUUCAGAUGACAGAAGUGUUCAUCUGGAUUUCACUGCUCAUGGAAGGGAUUUCAAGCUUCGGCUUAAUCCCGGAGCACCCCACCUGUCUCCCAACCUGAUCCUUGAGACAACAGAGGGCGCCAGAUACCAUCAACCAGACUACCUGUACGUUGGAAAUCUCGAAGGUGAACCCGACACCAAGUGCCACGGCUCAAUCCUCAAAGGCCUCUUCUCAGGAACCAUCUAUGCAGACGGCGACACCUACCACGUGGAGCCCGCCCACAGGCACUUUGACACGCCCACAAAGUUCCACUCCAUCGUCUACAAGGGCACGGACGUGGAGCCCGCUGGAGGCUGCGGUUUGACCAGCGAGACUAUGAGAUGGAUGAAGAAAGUCCAGGAGUCGGGGGUUGAUGAGGAAACAAACGACGUGAAUCAGGAUUUGGCUCAGCAUAAUCACGGUCCCAACGAGAACCUGUACUCGGACCCCCAGAGUAGUCGAUCGCGAUCGCGGCGACAGAGCACCGACAAGAACACCUGUAAUCUAUACCUGCAGGCAGACCACACGUACUCUGCGUACUUCAACAACGAGGACUCAGAGGUCAUUGCCCAGUUCAAUAACUUCGUGGCCGCCGUCAAUGCCAUUUACGGCGACAACAAAUUUGGGACUUACAUGAACGUUGGGUUCAUGGUGGACCGAAUCAGGAUCAACGGCACUGCCGAGGAGGCUGACAACACCAACCCUUUCCGUUUCAGUAACAUCGGUGUGGAGAAAUUCCUGGAUCUGAAUUCCCUGCAGAAUCACAACGACUUCUGCCUGGCCUACGUCUUCGCCAACCGUGACUUCAACGAUGGCGUCCUGGGCCUUGCCUGGGUCGGAUCGCCAGGAAGUACGUCAGGUGGAAUCUGCGAGAGAUACAAGCUGUUCAGCAGUGGUUACCAGAGUCUGAACACCGGCAUCGUCACCGUCAAGAACUACGGUUCCCAGGUCCCUACUAAAGUCACGGAAAUCACCUUCGCUCACGAGAUCGGUCACAACUUUGGAUCGCCUCAUGACUACCCUGCGACUUGUAGACCCGGUGACAGCUCCGCCACCCGUAGUCAAGGCAACUACAUCAUGUAUCCCAGUGCCACCUCGGGCGACAAACCCAACAACAAGCAGUUCUCGGACUGCAGCGUCAAUAACAUGUCCCUGGUCGUGAAUGCCAAGGCCAGCAAAUGCUUCGUCUCCUCUGACCGACCAGUGUGCGGCAACCACAUCCUGAACGUGGACGAAGAAUGCGAUUGCGGUUAUGACGACCAGUGCACGGAUAAAUGCUGCAACGCCCGUCAGUCAGACAAAUCUAUGAGCGAGGACGUCAACGCUUGCAAACUGGCAUUUGUCAAUGGUGUCAAGGCCAAAUGCAGCAAAUCCCAAGGACCCUGCUGUGAUGGAGACACCUGUGAUUACACGGCUGUGAAUGCCAAGACUUGCAAGCCGGUUACCGACUGUAGUCAGGAGUCUAAAUGCAAUGGAAUAAGUGCCACUUGCCCAGAACCUGUCCACAAGGAAAAUCUGACUCUCUGCAAUAGCAACAAACAGGUCUGCCGAAGUGGGGAAUGCAGCGGUUCCAUAUGUGAGAGGUUUGGCCUGACUGAGUGUUACUGCAUAACCCUAGACGGAGAGCCGGACCAUUCAUGCCAUUUAUGCUGUCAGGAAGGAAAUGAUGAAAAUACAUGCAAGAGUAGUAUGAACAUCGGUGUCAUGGAUAAUUUCACUGCCACCUUCGGUGAGAUCCCCCCAGGCAGCGACUUGACCGACAAGGUCUUGUAUCAAGUACCGGGCGCACCCUGUAACCAGUUGCAGGGGUACUGCGACGUCUUCUACAAGUGUCGCAAUGUGGACUCCAACGGCCCCCUGUCCAGGCUCCGAGAUGCCAUCCUGAACCCUCAACUCUACAAGGAUAUCGCAGAAUGGCUCAAGGUCAACUGGUGGGCGGCUGUCCUGAUUGGCCUAGCUGUCAUCCUCUUCAUGGCUAUAUUCAUCAAGAUUUGCAGCGUGCACACCCCAAGCAGUAACCCUAAGCUGCCCAAGCAUCGCCAGCUGACCCUGCCGAGGCGACCCAAUUCACGCCAGCGGGGCGGCGGUCGCCCCAUCGAGAUGGCUUAGCCUGUCUGUUAUUGGAGGGCUCAAUAAGGUUUGGAAGUGUGAACUUGUGUUGUUCCCCUCAUAGCGAAGAGAGCACAGUAAAAUGCUUAAUGGUAUGUUAAAGUUGCAUUCCCCGUGCUAUUUUUCGAGAUUCAUCCCGAAAAAUAUAUUCAUUUUCUAAAUUUCUAUCAAUACAGAGGUUAUUUACUUUGAAUGAGACAUCAACCAAACGAAUCCGACCAUGUUUAGUGAUUACUUCGCAAUUUCAAAUUAUUGGCUGCCAGACAAUAAUUCUAUUCUCACGAAAUAGACUGGUUCCUGCCCCACAAUCAGUAUCGAUAAUGUACAGAUCGGGAGCCAGUCUGCUCGCAGAGCAGAUCUGUUUGUGUCCAAAACAAAAAGCUUUCUCUUUAAAGGGUUGCAGAUGUUCAUAGUAGAAUUUGUUUUAUUUGUUGAAGAGCAAAGGGAAUGCAACUUUAAUUACAACUGUUACUUCUUCAAUUUGUUUUAAUCCACAAGUUCAAGAUUUGGAUAAAUUUGAAGGUGAUUCUUACAUUCAUACAGUCUCACAUAUCCCGGGAGAAUUCUUGGUAUCAUUUCACAUUGGCAGAUAUUGGGCUGAAAAAAUGAAAUUAAAGAUUUAAAUGCGAAGAUUAGUCAAUAGUUUAAAUAUUGUGGAAGUAAACGAGGCAAGGUAACGAUCAAAUAUUGCGCAGCAUGACAAAAAAUGGUUAAUUACCCUAACUCCAUAAAGUAUAUGAGAAAUAUUCAAAUUUGAAGGAUUCAGGAAGGAUUCAGAACUUACUUUUCCAGUUUCAUCACAGAAACAUUGUUUUGAGGAUACAACUUUCUAAAUUAUGCCUUGUUAUUUCUAGAGUCUGAGCGUUUGUUGUCACUUUUUGUCAAUGUGGGAUUUUUGUGUAUCAAAGUGUCAGGUGAUUCUGGUCGUUUUAUUGGUCAGUUGAUGACUUGUGAAAGACAGAAAUUUUCUUAAAUGUGCUUGUUGCAAAAAUUUUCAAAAAGACUGCAUGGGUUUUGAAUGUAAAGUAUCAAUCAAUCUUUUAAAAUGAAUAUCAGAAGAAUUAUGUAAUUGGAAUAACAAAAUGAUCCAUGGAACGAUUCCCUUGAGAAUACAGCUUUACAAACAUUUCAUAUUUUUUUAUAUACAUGUGUGUUGCAAAUAGAAAUCAUCUUCACCCAAAGAGGAGGGGGAAAAAUCGUUUGCAUGCCCACCAAAAGUGAAACGACU